UUCAGUUUGUUCGCGAAUUCAGACCCUUGCAGUCGUUCUCUCUCCCUCUCGCGCGUGCUCACGCUCUCUCCCGCGCAGCAGCAGCAAAAACCAAAAACCCUCGAAAAGAACAAAAUAGAUUCGAAAAAACCGAAGAAUUAAUAUAAUUGUGCUUGUACUUGUUUGUCUUUUCUGAGAAGCAGCCGAGAUCGGAGUGCGUUUCAAUAUCCGUCUCAAAAGCCAGAGAGCAGAAAGCCGAAAUAAACCGCAGAAUCCCUUGUAAUGGCUCUACUCCGUUCGCUGAGCGCCCAACGAACAGCCAUCAGUUUGGUCUACGGCCGUAAUAGCAGCAAGUCGAGCAAUUCCGUGGCCGUCGCCGCCUGCCGGAGUUUCCACCAGCGCGGCACCAGGAGCACCAGCACCGUCGGCGAAGGAGCAGCAUCGGAGUCCACGAGAGGAGUCAAUGGAGCGCGUUUCCUCCACAGCGGCGAACGGCCGUUGCAGGCCUCCGCUGUGGUACAACCGGAGCUGGUGUCCGGCGAGACGGUGAAGCGAUCGACGAAGCAGGAGUCGUCCCAGGAGAGGAACCCCUCGCCCGCUGGCUCGCCGCAAAGGGAUCCCCUGGACGUGAGCUUCAAUGAUCCGAUUGCCGCCUUCAAGAGCAAGACCACUGGCGAGCUGAUACGCGCCUAUCUCGUCUAUAUGAUAUGUUCCAGCGAGAAGCUGGUCGAGCACAACAUGACGCUGAUGAAACUGGCGCGCAACCUGCUCGGCCAGAAGCUCUUCGUCCUGCUGAUGAAGUCCAGCUUCUACGGACACUUUGUGGCCGGCGAGAAUCGUCACACGAUCGUGCCCGCCCUAGAGAGGCUAAGAUCCUUCGGCGUUAAGCCGAUUCUCGACUAUUCCGUUGAGGAGGAUAUCACCCAGGAGGAGGCCGAGAAACGUGAAGUAGAAUCAUCCGUCUCCAGUGCGGGCGACAAGAAGGAGGAGGGCAGCAUGCCGCAGUACCAUGUGGACAAGUCAUUCGCCGAUCGGCGCUACAAGGUCAGCAGUGCUCGCACCUACUUCUACUUGAACGAGGCCACCUGCGAGCGGAACAUGGAGAUCUUCAUCAAGUGUCUGGAGGCCGUUUCGGAUGAUGAUCGCAAGGUGCCCCGGGCAGUGGCCACGGGCGCCACCUUCGGAACUGGCAUCACCGCCAUUAAACUCACCGCCCUUGGCCGUCCACAAUUGCUGCUGCAACUGUCCGAGGUAAUUAUGCGCACACGCAAGUACAUGGAGGACAUGGUUGGCGGCCAGGGCAAUGUGUUGACCCACCACAAGACCAUCAAGGAUCUCGAGAAGUAUUACGCCACGCUGGGCGACAAUAAGGACGUGAAAGAGUUCCUGAACAAUGUAACGUCCGACAAGGAGGGAAUUUUGCAUCUGUUCCCCUGGUCUGGCAUCGUAGACGAAGACUCGCAGCUGAGCGACACCUUCCGCGUUCCCGAUCCCCAAACCGGACAGAUGCGUCGACUGAUCUCACAAAUACCGCCCAAGGAGGAGGAGAUGUUCAGGAACAUGAUCCGUCGCCUCAACACGAUUGUAAAGGCUGCUGCGGAUUUGGAUGUGCGCAUCAUGGUGGAUGCGGAGCAGACUUACUUCCAGCCGGCCAUCUCACGCAUCACCCUGGAAAUGAUGCGCAAGUACAACAAGGACAAGGCCAUUGUCUUUAAUACGUACCAGUGCUACCUGCGCGAAACGUUCCGCGAGGUGAACACCGAUCUGGAGCAGGCCAAGCGCCAGAACUUUUACUUCGGAGCUAAGCUGGUGCGCGGUGCCUAUAUGGACCAGGAGCGGGACCGUGCCAAGUCGCUGGGCUAUCCGGAUCCCGUAAAUCCCACGUUCGAGGCCACCACGGAAAUGUAUCACAAGACGUUGUCCGAGUGCUUGCGACGCAUUAAGCUGAUGAAGGACUGUGAUGACGAUGCCAGGAAGAUUGGCAUUAUGGUGGCCUCGCACAACGAAGACACCGUGCGAUUUGCCAUCCAGCAGAUGAAGGAGAUCGGCAUCUCACCGGAGGACAAGGUGAUCUGCUUCGGUCAACUGCUGGGCAUGUGCGACUACAUCACCUUCCCAUUGGGUCAAGCGGGCUACUCGGCGUACAAAUACAUACCAUAUGGCCCUGUCGAAGAGGUGCUGCCCUACUUGUCUCGUCGUGCCCAGGAGAACAAGGGUGUGCUCAAGAAGAUCAAGAAGGAAAAGCGCCUUUUGCUCUCUGAGAUCCGGCGUCGUCUGAUGCGUGGCCAGUUAUUCUACAAGCCUAAGGGCAACUACGUGCCCAUCUAAGCUGGCCUGGAUGGAUGGAAUCACUCUCACCCACACACAUCCCUGAGGUGGCAAAUCGGUUGCCAAUUAUAUCCGGCUGAGGAUAUCGCCAGGAAAUCGAUAGCUUCGGACCUAUUUUAAUGUUUUUUUUUGUCGUUCUUAUUACUCUUACGAAAUUUGCGUAUAUCCACGGUAUAUAUAUAUGAAAACUUGUGUAUAUACCAAGGUCCUGCAAAGGAGCGAAAAUGUUCUAACUCAUUGUGUCGUCCUGCAAGUCUGCAGGACCUUCUUUGCCCACAAACAACUUCAAUUAGAGACGGUAGCACUGAGCGGUGGUAAUUUUUGAUGAAAAUAUGUAUAUUUUUACGUCUUGUUGCAACAAUAAUCUAAACGAGUUCUGUAUGUGUGUUACAAAGAAAAAAAUAGAAAGAAACAAAACUGAAAAGCGUCAAAAACAUAAGAAAGCGAAUGUGGAAUGUCCACAACGAGGAUUUUGAAAAAGGGGAUUGAAUUAAAGCGAACAUUUUUAAGCAUCGUAACAAAUAAAGCAUAAAUCGUAUGGGGUAUAUACAUAUUAUAUACAAUAUAAUGAGAGCAAACGUUUAUAGAGAUAUAUCUACAUAGAUACAUGUAUGUGUAUGGCUGCAUUUUAGUCUAGAUUCAUUAACUUCGUGAUUGUGCCUGUUCCUCAGUAUCAGUAUAUCAGUUGUUAGUUAUCCAUUCUUCAUUUGCAAUGUGAUUUCAUGUUCGUUUUCCCUAAGUUAUACCAUAAACUAUAUAUUUAUAUAGAGCAAUAGCGAGAGAGAGAGUGUGCAGAGCAUUUGUUACUCCAGCUCGUGGCGAUCCCAUCCGAAAUAGUCAAAUAAAUAAUACUGUUCAUAGGAACCUGGGAUAACCGCGCAUACCUAUACCUAAAUACCUAGCGAGUUUUAUUACGAUUAUGCUAAAUUAACUUAAAUGUAUACGUUUAAUUUAGCACUUAACGGAGCGAUAUUAUAAAAGUCAUUACUACGAUAGUCGAUGGAUGAGAUCCCGCAACAAAAACUUUCCCCCUAUUUUCAAUUCGUUUCCAUAUCCGUUUCCGCGUUUCGAUUGCUCAGACAACUACAUAUAUAGACAGACAGACUUGGCCAUAUACUAAGGCGCGCAGAUCGAACCGAAUAGUUUUUAUUAUUACCCUCAUGAUUAUAAUUGUAUUACAUAAACGCUAUAAAUAAAUGAAUAAAUAAUUGUAUGAAUGUUAACUAUUUCAAUGACAAUAAUAAAAUGUUAAAAACGAA